GGUCCUAUUGGGCUUCCUGUGGUAGUCUAUGUUAUAAACCAACAUGGCGCAGCAGACUGUCGAGAUAAGUCAACUAGCAAUUCCUCAUUUAGAAGCGCUCAGAGGACAGCUAGAAGAGGAGAUAAAAUUGCUGAGUGAUUCGAUGGGUCAGUUGAAGGUGGCUCAGCAAAAGUUCAAAGAUUCAAAGGAAAAUGUUGUUAAGUUGUCCUUACAAGACACAGGGAAGCCGAUCUUGGUUCCUCUAAGUAGUUCUAUGUAUGUUCCUGGUACUCUAGAAAAUAUCAAAUCAGUUAUUGUUGAUAUAGGUACUGGUUACUUCGCAGAAAAGGAUCUCAAAGAAGCAGAGGUUUAUUUUCAAAGAAAAAUGGAUUUUGUUACAAAUCAGAUUGAAAAACUUCAGCCAGUUUUAAUAGAAAAACACAAGAUGAGACAAGCUAUCAUUGAAACAAUGAAUAUGAAGAUACAAGCCCAACUUCAGAACCAAGGAGGAGUUCCUGCAACCACAUAAUCAACAAAAGUUAAAUUAUUCUUGUUUGACAUGAUUACCAACAGUUUACAAGAUAGUGUGUAAUAUUGUACAUGAUAUUGGCUUCUUUGUUUUUAUCUUUCUUUACUGAAUAAAAAUGUUUAAAGAUACA